AUGAGUUUCAUAAGUUGGAACUGUCAGGGCUUAGGCAACCCGUGUGCAGUUCCUACCCUUAAAGAUCUUAUUCGGACAUACCACCCGGAUGUGAUCUUCCUUUGUGAAACGAAGGUACAUGCACGACGUUUAGAAGACAUACGUGUGGCUCUUAACUUUGACUCUUCUUUUGCUGUAGAUAGCUCCGGACGUAGUGGUGGCCUUGCACUUCUCUGGAAGCAACCAUAUUCUUGUCACUUAAUUAAUUACUUUCCCCACUUCAUCAACGUUUCUGUCACUCAUCCUAAGAAGCCAACAUGGCGACUCACAGGCUUCUAUGGUUAUCCAGAAAGAAACCGUAGGAAGGAUUCUUGGGACCUAUUGCGCUACCUUGCGCAAGACAAUUCACUUCCAUGGUGUGUCAUUGGAGACUUUAAUGACAUCUUAUCUAACCAAGAUAAAAGGGGUUUGAUAGAGCACCCAACAUGGUUACUGCGGGGGUUCCGUGAAGCUGUGAUGGACUCUGAACUAGUGGAUAUACCUCUUGAAGGUUACAAUUUUACGUGGACUAAGAGCCGUGGUUCACCAACACAAGUGGAGGAACGAUUGGAUAGAGCUAUGGCCACUCAAAGCUGGCUUAAUCAAUUUCCAGAUAGUAGACUUAUCAACGCAGUGGCUGCCAGGUCAGAUCAUUCUCCUAUUCUCUUAAAACUAUCCAUGCAAACCACAUUACGUACUCGUCAGUCUUUUAGGUUUGAGAACGCAUGGCUAGAUGAACCUGGUCUAUCCCCACUGGUUGAAGCGAGUUGGCAUCGUGGGCACUUCCCAGACAUUCUUGAUAGGCUAAAAUCCUGUUCCAAAGACAUGGAUGAAUGGGGUCGCCAGCUUCGCUUGAGGUUUCGUGCUCCUAUUGACGCUUGCCGACGCCAACUCCUGGAGUUACGUGAAAAGCAUGAUGCCAAUUUUGUGUCAGCAUUUUUGGAGGCUCAAGAGCGCUUAUCAACACUGCUCGCAAGGGAAGAAACUUUCUGGAAACAAAGAGCCAAGGUGUAUUGGCUUAAAAAUGGAGACAAAAAUACUAAAUUCUUCCACGCCAUGGCUAGUGAAAGAAAGAAGAAGAACUUGAUCCAACGCCUCACCAAACUUGAUGGCACGAUAGUUAUAGCCCAAUAG